CUGAAAGAGAGAGAAGAAGAAAAAGAAAAACUCCCAUGCAUCGGAAUGGUGAAACGAGAGUGUGCAUGGAGGAUCCUGGUGGUGAGAGCUGAAGUUGAUGAAGACAUCAUUUGGCUCUGAAAGGUCCACAUUUAAACAUCGUUUAGUGUAAACAGGUUUCAGUUUAGCCCCGGGACCAGGUCAGACUCACUGACUGAUGGAAACAGAGGAGAGGAAAAAGGGGAAAUCUCUUCGCUCAGGCAGAAGCGCCAUGCAACACUGGCGGGGCAACAUUUAAGCGCUUCUCCUUUUUUUUCGGGUGACAUGUAGCACGUUUUGUAUGUGUGUGUGUGUAUGUAUGUGUGUGUGUUUUUAAUUUUUAAUUAUUAUUUUGGACCAUGUAGUUAGGUGUUCGCGCUCGCAUGUGGUGUGAUAUUCCGACUCCGCUAUGUCUGAUGUGACGCCGAGUAAAAGCGUGGAAUGGCUUCAACUGGAGUUAGAGUCCGGGGCCACUUCUCUGCUCCUGCUGGACUGCCGUUCACACGAGCUGUACGAAUCAUCCCACAUAGAGACCGCCAUAAACCUGGCCAUACCGGGGCUGAUGCUCCGUAGGUUCAAGAAGGGCAACAUACCCAUACGGACUAUCAUCCCCAACCAUGAGGACAAGGAGAAGUUUAUACGGCGGUGUAAGACAGACACGGUUGUCCUGUACGACGAGUGCACACAUGACUGGCAGAACAGCGGGGCUCCGGCGACGGUUUUGGGUCUGCUUCUUCAGAAACUGUGGGAAGACGGCUGCAAAGCGUACUACCUGGAAGGUGGAUUUGUCAAGUUCCACACAGAGUACCCAGAACACUGCGAGACCCUCCUUGACAGCUCCUGCCCUAGUUCCUCUCCGCCACUCUCAGUUCUUGGUUUCGGAAAUCUCCGGAUCAGCUCUGAUUGUUCCGAUGGGGAGUCUGAUCGAGAGCCGAGCAGCGCCACAGAACCCGAGGAGAGCCCCAUCCCCAGCAAUCAGCCCGCCUUCCCUGUCCAGAUCUUGCCCUACCUUUACCUGGGCUGCGCCAAAGACUCCACUAACCUUGACGUGCUAGGCCAGUACAAUAUCAAAUACAUCCUGAACGUCACACCCAAUCUCCCUAACAUGUUUGAGCAUGAAGGCCACUUCAGGUACAAACAGAUUCCCAUUUCGGAUCACUGGAGUCAGAACCUGUCUCAGUUCUUCCCAGAGGCCAUAUCUUUUAUAGACGAGGCUCGAUCGAAGCAGUGUGGCAUCCUGGUCCACUGCUUGGCGGGCAUCAGUCGCUCAGUCACUGUCACCGUUGCCUACCUGAUGCAGAGACUCAACCUUUCCCUGAAUGACGCGUACGACUUUGUCAAGAGGAAAAAGUCCAACAUUUCCCCCAACUUCAACUUCAUGGGCCAGCUCCUGGACUUUGAGAGGACGCUGGGGCUGCACAGUCCCUGUGAUAACCGCACGACCAGCGAGGAGCAGCUCUUUUUCACCACGCCGACCAAUCACAACGUCUUCCAGCUGGACACGCUGGAGUCGACAUGAGGGCACUAGUUGGACAGUUGUUUCCCGUGGCGUCUUUGAGGUUUUGUGACGCUUCACUCACUGACACUGACUCAGUAACGUACAUUAUUUCUGCACCGAAAGGAACUACACUGAUAUGUUAAAGGAGCAGCGCACAUCAUUAGGUCGAUUCUCAAUGCCUUAAUACCCAUCAAAAGGACACAUUAUAAUAAGGACAGACUUCUUAUUAAUGACAUUAUCCAUGGCAUUAAUAAGUGGUCAUGUACAGCCACAAUAGCAGGACAUUUCAUAACUUUUCUAUUAAAUCUAGAAGGGUUGUUUUUGACUGUUACUUGUUAUUCACCAGCUGUAAAUGAAUGGAUUUCCUUGCAUUAGUCAUGAUUAUUGCCUUGGUGGCGUAAGAGGAGUCUUUUGCCAAUCGGAAUGUUAUCUGUGGACCAAUCUGAGAUGUGUCAAUAGUACUCCAGCUGAGGAAAAUAAGCUAUGGCAGUGAUCUGGCCUUGAAUUAUCGUCCAGAUUUUUUUCCUCUCCCGAUCGCUGUUUGCAGUUCUCUGUCUUGCAGCUGAGCGGAGUGACCAGUGAACGCAGUUUCUCUUGUGCUUCUAGUCGGAGCAUUUUAAACAACAUCUGGCGAACACCAGGGAAGUUAGAUAAAUGGCCACUCGUUGUGAAAUAUCAAAAUUAAAUCUUCAUUAGUCAUGGAAGCCCUUCCAUUACGCUCCAUUGCUUACAAGUGUUUUAUUUGCUUGUCAUCAUGUUCCACCAGGGAGCCUCACCACAUAACAUAAGGAGCAUGUUUUGUAACCUUUAGGUCAUAUUUCCUGUUAUUGUGGAGGCCUUGCUUGACCAUACCUUAACAUGGAACUGAAUGACACAUGGAGGUUGCGGCAUACAGGAGUGGCCACGGUUAAAAAGAAUGAAUGUGUAAGUAAUCACUGUAUGGAUGUCCAACUUAUUUAAACAAAAAAAUUAAACUCAGACAGUCUUCAGCCUGCAGCUACUCUUUCUGUGGCACAGUAAUGUUAAGGGAUACAUGAGGUGUAAUUAGCUGUUCUCUAUUGCCAGUCUCGUCUAUGAACAAAUGAGCGAGUUUGAUGUAUGAGAGGAAGUGAAGGAGUGAAAGGAAGCGAGUUUGACUAAUGUGUUCUUACCUCACAGAGAGACGUUUUCAGGGAUUUUUAUACCAGGCAUCUGUAACUCGUCAUUGGCCUCUUAUGAAGUGCAUCCAAGGGCUGUUUGUAAAGAUGUAUAGAAAAUGUGGACAUUUUCUCAAAAUUGUGAAGAACGUGAAAGUGAUCCUUUUUUUUUUUUGGCCCUUAUGUAUAGUACAUGUAUAACUAAAUGUCCAAGACAUUCUGUACAAGUUCAUACAACAAAUAUAUUGUAUAUUUUUACUUGAA